AUGGAACAACCGCCGUGUUUUAUCGACUCAGACUUCCCACACCAUGUAUGUCGACUCAAACGUGCCUUGUAUGGUCUAAAACAAGCACCACGUGCUUGGUUUCAACGAUUGAGUACCUUUCUUAUUUCUCUCGAUUUCGUUUGCAGUAAAUCUGAUCCAUCCUUGUUUGUCUACAACAAGGAUAACAAUCUCAUUUAUCUUCUUGUCUAUGUAGACCAUGUUAUCGUCAUUGGCAACAAUGAAACUCUCAUAAACACAUUCACAUCUUGUUUAAACACCGAGUUCAAGCUCAAAGACCUUGGUCCUUUAAGCUACUUCCUUGGUAUCGAAGUCCUUCAUUCAUCUGCUGGUUUCUUUCUCAGCCAAACCAAGUAUGCAUAUGAUAUCCUUGCCAGAGCCGACCAUCUUGACUCCAAACCCGUUGCCACACCUCUAUCUUCCACCGAUUAUUUCUCCACUCCCGGCACACCAUUUCAUGAUCCCACCUUGUAUCAAUCUCUAGUGGGAGCCCUUCAAUAUUUUACUAUCACUCGACCGGACCUAUCAUAUGCAGUCAACCAAGCUAGCCAAUUCCUUCAUAAUCCCACCACCUCUCACUUUCAACUUGUCAAACGAAUUCUCCGUUAUGUUAAGGGAACUCUAUCUUAUGGUCUCACAUUUUCUAGUCCUACUAACACUACUCUUGUAGGAUAUUCAUAUGCUGAUUGGGCUCGCUGCAUAGAAACACGACGUUCCACCUAUGGCUACUCGGUUUACCUUGGCGGAAAUUUGGUCUCAUGGAGUGCAAAGAAACAACCCACUAUGUCUCGCUCAAGCUGUGAAUCCGAAUAUCGAGCUUUGGCUAACACCGCUGUUGAAAUUGUUUGGCUGUCAAACCUUCUCAAAGAACUUCAUGCUUUACCAGCUACAAAACCCACUUUAUUAUGUGACAAUAAAAGUGCAUUUUUCCUAAGUCAAAAUCCGGUGGCGCACAAGAGAGCUAAACACAUCGAUAUCGACUGUCACUUCAUUCGUGAGUUAAUCUCUGACGGUGGACUACAAAAAAAAUACGUACAAACCAAGCUCCAAGUGGCCGACACCUUCACCAAGAGUCUUCCAAGACCCCUGUUUGAACACUUCAGAAACCUACUUCGUGUCGAACCACCACCGAUUCGCUUGAAGGGGGGUAACAGAGGAUAA